UUCGCAAAUUCUAUAUUUCAUAUUCAAUUUGAACGAACAUAAGAACAGCAACUUUUGUCAUGCAACUAAAUUCGUACUUGAAAGCUAUUUUUAUUUUAAUUUCCAUCUCUCUUUGUUCUUGUUUGAAAUGCUAUACAUGUACUUCGAGAUCUGAAGCAAGUUGCAAAGUGACACAGAAGUUUGAAGAAUGUGGAGCAAAUGAAAAUACUUGCUUAACAGUGCAUCACACUUUCCUAAUUUACUCUGGUAACAAAACUAUGGUUAAAUCACGUUUCUUGAAAUCAUGUGCGGAAACUAGUCGAAAUUGUAAAGUUGAAUAUUGUAAAAGAUUCCAAGAAUGCAAGGCGUAUUGUUGCCAUGAUGAAGGGUGCAACGAAUCUAUCGACCCUGUUGUUACAAAUGCAAAGCAUAAAAGUAUUGGAAACUCAGUGAUUAAAAGUGCAAAACGUACAAGUCUUGGAAAAAAAUUUUUACCUUAUUUUUCGUUGAUUUUAUUUUUAGUAGUUUUUUCAAUAUUUAUAAAUAAUAUUAUUUUGAUGCAAUAGAAAGAUUAUUAUUAUUAUAACUCUUAUUAUCAGAGCUUACCCUACCCCAACUAGGUCCGAAUUCUAACUGUUACAUCAGAAUUGAUGUACCAGUUUUGUAAGUUACAUCAGAAGACGCUUUUUGAAAUUGUUUUAAAGAUUACGUCAUAAAUUGUUUUCGA